UAGCGCGUUCCAGUGUCCAAACCGCCGUGGGGAACGGUUGCCGCUCCAAUGUUGUAUGGGUUCAGUCAGUACCGCCCCGACCUCCGAGCUAUGGGCCAGAGCGAGUGUGUCCUGCUGUUCCCGAGGCCCUGAACACCGACCGACCCUUCGUAACACUUCGGAGGAUCGAGUCUGCAGUGAGACCCAUCGUCGUAGUCAUGAUGGCCACUUCCCGGUUCCGAUGACUCAUCCAUCCGACUCAUCGCUUCCUCCCUCCCUCGACUUCUCCGACCGUGCAUUGAAUUUGACUUCGUCAAACAUCGUUCACCUUUCUCGCCUGGCCGAGAAAUUCAACGCCAUCAAUUUGGCUGAAGGUUUUCCAGACUUCCCAGCUCCUCCUGCGAUUAAGAAUGCAGCAAUUGCAGCUAUCAAUGCCGACUUCAAUCAGUACAGGCAUGUGCAGGGUCUCUGCGACCAGGUGGCAGCGAUGUUCGAGACGACGCAAGGUCUGAAAGUGAACCCCAAAACUCAAGUGACCAUCUGUUGCGGCCAGUCAGAAGCCUUGGUGGCAGCUGUUCUAGCAGUUAUCAAUGAGAGGGAUGAAGUUGUACUGCUGGAUCCUUCAUACGAGACCUAUGAAGCAUCUGUCAAGUUGGCUGGAGCUAAGGCAAAGCACGUCUCUUUGGAUCCUCCGAACUGGAACUUGGAUAUACUACGACUAGAAAAUGCCAUGGGCUCCCGUACAAAAGCUGUCAUUGUGAACAGUCCUCAUAAUCCAACAGGAAAGGUCUUCAAUGAAGAGGAGCUUGCAGAUAUUGCCAAGCUUUGCUGCAGAUUUGACUGUCUUGCAAUCACGGACGAGGUAUAUGAGCACCUCGUGUACACAGGAACAAGACACAGGAGUCUAGCAACGUUUCCAGGCAUGCAAGAUCGCACAAUCGUGACAUCAUCAAUUUCAAAAACUUUCAGUGUCACAGGUUGGCGUAUCGGCUGGGCAAUCGCACCAGAAGCAAUAAGUUCUGCCAUCGGUAGUAUUCAUGAGAAGCUAGUGGAUUCUGCCCCAGCCCCAUUUCAGGAGGCAGCAGUUUCCGCCCUUUCCAGUGGCCCGGAAUACUACCUAAAUCUACGAGCAGCUUAUCUAGACAGAAGAAACUUGGUGUGUGAAAUGCUGGAAGAGGCUGGAUUGAGUGUCCAGUACAAGCCUGAAGGAUCAUUUUUUGUGUUUGCUCGGCUACCCGAAACGUACCCUCUUAAAGACGUUGACUACGUCGCCGAACUGAUCAAAAGUGCAGGAGUGGUCAUCGUUCCAGGCUGUGGUUUUUUCCACGCUGACAGUUCCAGCGUAGACAGCUACAAAGACCGUUAUGUGAGGGUGGCUUUCUGCAAGAAUACAGCUACGCUUCUUUCAGCCAGAGAAGCAAUCAGGAGACACUGUAAAAAGUCAAAGGGCAGCGAGCCAGCCAUCAUGUGAGUAACAAUUAAGUUUUCCCUUCCUGAACCAUAUGUCACUCAGAUUGACACAAAGGGAUGUCUGUCGACCGAAGAAAAAUUGCCCCUACUUCUAUUCGGCUAGUGGAUGCCACAAAGUGGUAAGAGAACGCACAAGUAAGUCGUUGUGCUUGAAAGACAGCCCCAAACUGGUGAUAUCAGUUUCUGAAAUUUGAGGUCGAGUUCAACAGUUAUUCCACAAUUGGAUAUGUGACUGUAUUGGAGUUGUGGAUGAGUGAGUGAGGUCAUUUGGAGGAGCCACUGUAGUCAACUGAGAACCGGGUGUCCUCCUCGUCACCGGAAGAAUGGCAGAAGCCAGGGUCAGUGGAGAUGCUUCUUAGAAUUGUCCCAACGUGUGGAAAUGGUGAAGAUGUUGCUCAGUCCUGGUGUGCAGGCUGACGGCAAGCUAUGGUGCUACUGAAGGGUCAACGGUCUGGUGCAUCUCCUGCACCAAGUCCGGACUGCCGAAUGAAUUCGUGUCAGCCGUAUGACACUUGACGCUGGAUGCUGUAAUGACUGUCGAGCUUCCCGAUAUUUUUGCCCAUCCACCUGUUUUUUAACACAGAUGUCGCGUGUUUUCGUGGUUACAUGAGUGGGUUGCAGCGAUCAUCGAAUCAUACCUACCCGUUGAUUCAACUGAGGCUCUCGCAACUGAGGCUCUCGAAUCCUUUAGUAUGUGCAUUUCGUAGCCUGAGAUCAGAGUAACCGGAGAAACGGACUCGCUACGAAUAAAGCAGAAGAAAAAGAGGAAAGCACUGAACGUAGUCCACUGCAGACCCAACUGACGAGCUAAGCAUCUACAUGAACACAAUCUGUAUCACCGAUUAGGUACGUUGUGGAUCUGCAACAGACCACCGAGAAGAACAUCCCCUGCUGCAAUUCCUUACGCGUGUGGCUCCUACUGGUGCUAUGGAGUCAAGGGCUGCAAUUCAUCGCAACCACUGAAGUACACCGGCUGAGUGAUGUCCUACAGAACACUCCUCAUUCCCAUCGGAAGGUAGUAGGGAGUGUACUCUGUUGACCGAGUGAUAGAGUGACGGAGUAAUAAUUUUACGUCAAGUUUGGAAGCAUGCCUCAGAUUUAAAAACAAGUUACCCUGAGGGAGGACCUGGCCCUUAACUUCCAUGAUUUUAGUAAUGUCAAUAUUUUGUGUCGACAUACUUGGAUGUCGGUUUGUCGGAGUUUGACGUUUCGGAAGAUUCAUAACUCAAGUUGAAAAAGUCACAAGAGCUUAUUUACCUGAUUAUAUUCUAUUAAGAGCAAAGUUCAAGAAAUACCUGAUUUUCAGAUUCAGUU